CACCGGAGAGAGGCGAUUUUCAGCUGCAUUUUUUUUAUUUGUUGGGGGACUGAAAAGUUGAUGGUUUCGAAGGAGUCACCAACCAUCAGCCGGGGCUAAUUCUCUCCCCCUCCGCUUAAAUAUAAACGCUGGUUUAUGGUGACUUUUUUUCCUUUUCUCGGGAGGGACAGAUCUAAGAUUGAAAAUCGUUGGCUCUGAGUCGUGAACCAAGAAAAGAAGUAAUCUUAGGAAAAUGUUGAUGCGGAGUUAAAAAAAAAAAUCUCCCAGGUUUCCCUCCCCCACCCUCCUUUCUUCUUUUGUCCUUUUCCUCCAGUUUUGGUGUAAAAGAAGCUGAAAUCCUCUUCUUUUGUUUGUAAAGUUUCCCCCCCUCUCCCCCCUCCCUUUCGGCCCAGAGUUUGCUAGAGGGGAGGGGAGGCGUUGAGAAGCCACCAUGGCGUCUCUUUUUACCAAUGGACCCUGCAUCCAAAGUGAAGCCGAAGUCGUUCACCUCUACCGGAGCCUGGAGGUGGGCACGGUGAUGACUUUAUUUUACUCCAAGAAGUCCCAGAGGCCGGAAAGGAAAACGUUCCAAGUCAAGCUGGAAACCAGGCAGAUCAUUUGGAGCAGGGGAUCGGACAAAAUCGAAGGCGCGAUUGAUAUUCGUGAAAUCCAAGAAAUUCGUCUAGGAAGAAAUUCGCGAGAUUUUGACAGAUAUCAGGAGGAUCCUUCUUUCCGGCUAGAUCAGGCUCACUGUUUCGUCAUCCUUUAUGGCAUGGAAUUUAGACUGAAAACACUCAGUCUGCAAGCCACAUCCGAAGAUGAAGUCAGCAUGUGGAUCAAAGGGUUGAACUGGCUCGUGGCGGAUACCCUAAAGGCUGCUACCCCACUGCAGGUUGAAAGGUGGCUCCGAAAGCAGUUUUACUCCGUUGAUCGCAACAGAGAAGACAGGAUUUCUGCAAAGGAUCUGAAAAACAUGCUAUCUCAAGUAAACUACCGUGUCCCUAACAUGAGGUUUCUACGUGAGAGGCUCACAGAUGUGGAGCAGAGAAAUGGGGACAUCACAUAUGGACAGUUUGCCCAGUUGUACCAGAGCCUGAUGUACAAUGCACAAAAAAAAAUGGCUGUUCCAUUCUUAGAAAGUGUUGGGGAGAGACCUGAGCAAAGCAGAGUAUCUCUGACAGAAUUCCGGAUGUUUUUGGUAGAACACCAAAUGGAGCUUUGGGCUACUAACCUCUCCUUGGUUCAAGAUUUUAUGUUCAACUUCCUGAAGGACCCACUGAGGGAAAUUGAAGAGCCUUAUUUUUCGCUGGAUGAGUUUCUUACCUUCUUGUUUUCCAAAGAGAACAGCAUCUGGAACUCAGAGCUUGAUGUUGUACACCCAGAGGACAUGAACAACCCUCUAUCCCACUACUGGAUUUCCUCCUCGCAUAAUACAUACCUCACAGGAGAUCAGUUCUCAAGUGAGUCCUCGUUGGAAGCCUAUGCUCGUUGCCUGCGCAUGGGAUGCCGAUGUAUUGAGCUUGACUGCUGGGAUGGCCCUGAUGGAAUGCCAGUGAUUUAUCAUGGGCACACAUUAACCACCAAAAUCAAGUUUUCUGAUGUCCUAGCCACUAUCAAGGAGCAUGCUUUUGUGACUUCGGACUAUCCUGUUAUCCUGUCCAUCGAAGAUCACUGCAGCAUUGCCCAGCAGCGGAACAUGGCUCAGAAUUUUAAGAAGGUCUUUGGGGACAUGCUGCUAACCAAACCAGUAGACAUCUCUGCUGAUGGGCUGCCAUCACCAAACCAGCUGAAGAGGAAGAUCCUCAUAAAGCACAAGAAACUGGCAGAGGGCAGCGCUUACGAAGAAGUGCCUUCAUCUGCUGUGUAUUCAGAGAAUGAUAUCAGCAACUCGAUAAAGAAUGGAAUCCUCUACCUGGAAGACCCCAUCAAUCAUGACUGGAACUCUCAUUACUUUGUCUUGACCAGCAGCAAAAUCUAUUACUCGGGGGAAAGAACCAAUGAUAUGGGAAACGAAGAUGAGGAGGAGCAAAAGGAGGCAAGCAACAGCACCGAACUCCAUUCCACUGAAAAGUGGUUCCAUGGCAAGUUGGGCGCGGGGCGUGAUGGGCGCCACAUCGCAGAGCGGCUAUUGACUGAGUACUGCAUCGAGACUGGGGCCCCCGAUGGCUCUUUCCUGGUGCGAGAGAGUGAGACCUUUGUUGGUGAUUACACCCUUUCUUUCUGGCGCAAUGGGAAAGUGCAACAUUGCCGGAUCCAUUCCCGGCAGGAUGCUGGCAGCCCCAAAUUCUUCCUCACUGAUAACCUGGUGUUCAACAGUCUCUAUGACCUCAUCACCCAUUAUCAGCAGGUUCCGCUCAGGUGCAAUGAAUUUGAGAUGAGGUUGACUGAACCGGUGCCACAGACCAACGCCCACGAGAGCAAGGAGUGGUACCAUGCCAAUCUCACCCGGAUUCAGGCUGAGCGCAUGCUGAUGAGGGUGCCGCGGGAUGGAGCCUUCCUGGUGCGCAAGAGGAUUGAGGCCAACUCCUAUGCGAUCUCCUUUCGGGCGGAAGGGAAGAUCAAGCACUGCCGAGUGCAGCAGGAUAACCAGACAGUCCUCUUGGGUAGCUCCGAGUUCGACAGCCUGGUGGAUUUAGUCAGCUACUAUGAGAAGCACCCACUGUACCGCAAGAUGAAGUUGAGGUAUUCGAUUAAUGAGGAAACCCUAGAGAAGUUUGGGACGGCGGAGCCAGAUUAUGGUGCUCUCUAUGGAGGACGGGAUUCGGCAUUUUAUGUUGAGGCCAACCCUAUGCCAACUUUCAAGUGUGCUGUUAAGGCUUUGUUUGACUACAAGGCUCAGCGGGAGGACGAGCUCACUUUUACAAAAAAUGCUGUCAUCCAGAACGUGGAAAAACAAGAAGGAGGCUGGUGGAGAGGAGACUAUGAGGGUAAGAAGCAGCUGUGGUUUCCAUCUAACUAUGUAGAAGAAAUCGUUAGCCCAACUGGCCUGGAGGCUGAGAGGGAGGAGCAGCUAGAUGAAAACAGCCCCCUGGGAGACAUGCUUGGAGGUGUCCUGGAUGUACCAUCCUGUCAGAUUGCCAUCCGCCCUGAGGGGAAGAACAACCGCAUGUUUGUAUUCUCUAUCAGUAUGGCUUCUGUCUCGCGAUGGUCCCUGGACGUAGCAGCUGACACACACGAAGACCUGUUGGACUGGGUGAAGAAGAUCCGUGAGGCAGCCCAGACUGCUGAUGCCAGGCUCUCUGAAGGAAAAAUGAUGGAGAGGAGAAAGAAAAUCGCCCUGGAGCUUUCUGAGCUAGUCAUCUACUGCCGCCCUGUUCCUUUUGAUGAGGAGAAGAUUGGCACAGACAGGGCCUGUUACAGAGACAUGUCCUCCUUCCCCGAAACCAAGGCAGAGAAGUAUGUCAACAAGAUUAAGGGCAAGAAGUUCCUGCAGUACAACCGGCUACAGCUUUCCCGCAUCUAUCCGAAGGGGCAGCGCCUUGACUCUUCCAACUAUGACCCCCUGCCUAUGUGGUUCUGUGGCAGCCAGUUGGUGGCACUCAACUUUCAAACACCAGACAAGCCAAUGCAGAUGAAUCAGGCCCUGUUCCAGUCUGGAGGCCGAUGUGGCUUCAUGUUGCAACCAGCCAACAUGCGGGACGACCACUUUGACCCGUUUGACAAGAACACUCUGCAUGGGCUGGAGCCACUUUCCAUCUUCAUUGAGGUCCUUGGGGCACGACAUCUUCCAAAAAAUGGAAGGGGAAUUGUUUGCCCAUUUGUAGAGGUUGAGGUGUCUGGAGCAGAGUAUGAUAAUGCAAAGCAGAAGACCGAGAUGGUAGUGGACAAUGGCUUGAAUCCUGCCUGGCCCCAGAAGUCAUUUCAAUUCCAUGUCAAUAAUCCUGAGUUUGCCUUCCUACGCUUUGUGGUGUAUGAAGAGGAUAUGUUCAGUGACCAGAACUUCUUAGCUCAGGCGACGUUCCCAGUUAAAGGCCUGAAGACAGGAUACCGGGCUGUGCCUUUGAAGAACAACUACAGCGAAGAUCUGGAAUUGGCCUCCUUGCUUGUUAAAAUAGAUAUUAUCCCUGGCAAACAGGAGAACGGCGAAAUUAGCCCCUUUGGGGCUUCAGCUUUCCGAGAGAGGUCAGCAGAUUCCCCAAGUCAGCUCAUGGCUGGCCGAGCCAGAGAAGGCUCCUUUGAAGCCCGAUAUCAGCAGCCGUUCGAAGACUUCCGGGUGUCACAGGAACAGUUAGCCGACCACUUCGACAAUCGAGACAGAAGGGUACUCCGAAAGACUCGGGUGAAUGGGGAUAACCGCCUCUAGCUCAGCUUGGCCUGCUGUGAAGCACCCUCCCGUGCUUGUGAUUCUCACGGAUUGCUGUGAACUGGUUUCUAUGGAAACGUCACUGCUUUGGCCUACUUUCAGGCAGCUUUUCCAGUUUCUCUUCUGAAGGGUGUUCAAGUGCAGAAUUUUUUUUAAAGGACCAACCCACCAAUCAACAAUUCCAUUGUCUUCACCAUAACAUUCAACAAAAUUCCCCCCCUAAAGUCCCUCAGCACCAAAUCAGAGACCAGACACAACUCUCUUCUUCCCCACGCCAGUAGUUACAAAAAGGGUAAUAACCUCAGAACUGUCCAACAGAUCAUCUUUCCUCCACUCAGUUAAGAGGACCUGAAUUUUUUUAAAAAUUAUAUUAUUAUAAAUGUUAAUAAACCCCUUAGUCAGAGCUUGUGCACAGAACGUGACUGAUUUCUGUGGCAGAAGGAAAGUACAAUUGUUCCCUUGGUAUAAGAGCACAAGCCCGGUAGGACUUACCAGGCCCGGUCUCUGUGGCCGUAUAAAACUAUGCAAGGCCCUUGAGCCUGUCUUUGCAAAACAAAAUGUCAGUAUUAAGUGCAGCCAUGGAGCUCCUUGUGGUGACUGAGGUGCAGACGACCACCUGCUGAAAACUGUCAAGCUGUCAGCUCUUUCUUGACAAGCACGAGGCAGAAUUGCCCCAAUACUUCGCUCCACUGUACAGAAGUGGCAACUGAGAUAUAAAGGGGCAGCUUUUGGGGUGGGGGGCAGGAAUACUUGAGCCAAAGCCAGCUCUGCAAGAGGUAGAGCUCUUGCCACUGAACUCAACAUGUGUUGCUGCUGUUGUUCCCCUUAGGUUGAAUUUCAGCUGACAGUAAUGGGGGAAACAACAGUUCUAGGGGUAUUUGUAGUGUAGCAGCAGCAGCAGUAGACCCUGAAAAAGGAUGCAUUGUAAUUCUGGCCAGUUUCCAAGCCAGAAAAUCUACAAAGGGUUUUGUUGUUGCUUACUCUGACAUCUUUCCAUGCCACCUCUUAUUUUGGGGAAGGAGACUUCUACGUGUGGUCAAACCACCUCUUCUUUUUUGAGGAAGCUUCUGCCCAAUAUUUAUGGGGGUCAGGCUACUGGAAGGCAACCAUCACUGCCCUGCUGUGGGCAGGCAGCCAACCAACUGCAAGAGGCCAUACUGUGUCCAGUUGCCAUGGCAACAGCAAAAGUUGUGCGCUGCUGCCCUUUGCCUGUUACAAAAUGGAUGCUACCCCACCAACAGGACUGAAUACUUUUAUUUAGGUUGCCGGACAGAGCGGGAGGCAUACAUACUUCGGUUUCCAAAGGAAUACUCCACCGUACGUGGCAGUCUUGACUAUAUAUUGUUUGACUCUCUUAAGAGGAGCAUAGGCCUGCCUAUCUCCUCCAGAUGUAUGGAAUGUGGCUGUUGGCUGAGGUGGAUCUGACUGCACAAUAAAAGUCCUCAAGUACA